AUGGGGGCAGAGCGGAGCAGCAGCGGCAGCGGCAGCGGCAGCAGCAUCGAGCACGGGUGCUGGAGCCGCGCCCUCCCGCUCCUCGUCAUCUGCACCGACCUCUUCCACACGGGCAUUCUGCGCCUCCACGCCAGCACAUCUGUGCGAAAUUAUGAUGUUUGUUCUAACUGUCACAUUAAUGCGACAUGCACGUUCAAGGAUACGACCAACACUUGCACCUGCAACUAUGGGUUUACUGGCAAUGGAAUAAGUGUCUGCGCAGAUAAAAAUGAAUGCCAGAUAGGGGCCGAGAAGGUCUGUGGGUUCCAUGCUACUUGUUAUAACACACAUGGUAGCUACUAUUGUACAUGCAAUGAAGGAUACAGACCGUCCAACAAUAUGGAUUCAUUCACUCCCAAUGAUGGAACACAUUGCACAGCUAUUGACUGUGGAACUCCCCCAAGUCUACUAAACACAUUGAGACACCUACCAGUUAGCACAACCUACGGAAAAACAAUAUCAUAUCAGUGUGCACACGGCUAUAAGUAUGUAAGAGGAAACUUCAGCUUAAUGUGCUGUGUCAUGGGCCAGUGGGAAGGACAACCCCUGGAGUGUGAAGCCAUUGACUGUGGACCGCCCCCAGUGCUGGAGAACACAGUGCCAGUCUCAUCGGAUAACACAACGUAUAGAAGCACAGUGGUGUACAAGUGCCAGACCGGACAUGUAUAUGUGAGAGGAAAUGCCAUGUUAGUCUGCUCUGCCUGGGGUAGGUGGGAAGGAUCAACCCUGGAGUGUGAAGCUGUCAACUGCAGCUUACCCCCAGAAUUACGGAACGCGGUAAGAAACCUACCGGAGAACUUGACCUAUGGCAGGACGGUGAGGUACCAGUGUCUGGCUGGCUACGUGCACGUCAGAGGGGACGGCUCAUUACUCUGCUCUGCCCAGGGUCAGUGGGUAGGAACAAACCUUGAAUGUGAAGCUGUUGACUGUGGACCACCCCCAGAGUUACAGAACACAGUGCGAUACCCACCAAAGAACACAACAUACGGCAGUACGGUGGAGUACCAGUGUCUGACUGGCUAUGUGCCCGUGAAAGGAAAUGGAACAUCAGUCUGCUCUGCCCAGGGUCAGUGGAAAGGGCCAGACCUGGAGUGUGAAGCUGUUGACUGUGGGUCACCCCCAGAGUUACAAAACGCAAUGCGAUACUCACCAGAUAACACGACCUACGGCAGUAUGGUGGAGUACCAGUGUCUGGCUGGCUAUGUGCCCGUGAAAGGAAAUAGAACACCAGUCUGCUCUGCCCAGGGUCAGUGGGAAGGGCCAGACCUGGAGUGUGAAGCUGUUGACUGCGGCUCACCCCCAGUGUUACAGAACACAGUGCGAUACCCACCAAAGAACACGACCUACGGCAAUACAGCGGAGUACCAGUGUCUCGUUGGCUAUGUGCCCGUGAAAGGAAAUGGAACAUCAGUCUGCUCUGCCCAGGGUCAGUGGGAAGGGCCAGACCUGGAGUGCGAAGAAUCUGCAGAAAUCAAUGAUGUAAGUAGCGAGCUGCUGACGCAUUUAAAUGCAUUAGCGCUACUGAGAUCUCCCGAAGGUAGCGACUGUAAGGGCAUCCCCGAUCGGAGGGGAAUCCCCAACCCUGCGGAGGAGCGCAGGUACACUGUUGACUGUGGGUCACCCCCAUGGUUACAGAACACAAUGCGAUACCCACCAGAGAACACGACCUACGGCAGUACGGUGGAGUACCAGUGCCUGGCUGGCUAUGUGCCCGUGAAAGGAAAUGGAACAUCAGUCUGCUCUGCCCAGGGUCAGUGGGAUGGUCCAGACCUGGAGUGCGAAGCUGUUGAAUGUGGGUCACCCCCAUGGUUACAGAACACAAUGCGAUACCCACCAGAGAACACGACCUACGGCAGUACGGUGGAGUACCAGUGCCUGGCUGGCUAUGUACCCGUGAAAGGAAAUGGAACAUCAGUCUGCUCUGCCCAGGGUCAGUGGGAUGGUCCAGACCUGGAGUGUGAAGCUGUUGAAUGUGGGUCACCCCCAUGGUUACAGAACACAAUGCGAUACCCACCAGAGAACACGACCUACGGCAGUACGGUGGAGUACCAGUGCCUGGCUGGCUAUGUACCCGUGAAAGGAAAUGGAACAUCAGUCUGCUCUGCCCAGGGUCAGUGGGAUGGUCCAGACCUGGAGUGUGAAGCUGUUGACUGUGGGUCACCCCCAUUGUUACAGAACACAAUGCGAUACCCACCAGAGAACACGACCUACGGCAGUACGGUGGAGUACCAGUGCCUGGCUGGCUAUGUGCCCGUGAAAGGAAAUGGAACAUCAGUCUGCUCUGCCCAGGGUCAGUGGGAUGGUCCAGACCUGGAGUGUGAAGCUGUUGAAUGUGGGUCACCCCCAUGGUUACAGAACACAAUGCGAUACCCACCAGAGAACACGACCUACGGCAGUACGGUGGAGUACCAGUGCCUGGCUGGCUAUGUACCCGUGAAAGGAAAUGGAACAUCAGUCUGCUCUGCCCAGGGUCAGUGGGAUGGUCCAGACCUGGAGUGUGAAGCUGUUGACUGUGGGUCACCCCCAUUGUUACAGAACACAAUGCGAUACCCACCAGAGAACACGACCUACGGCAGUACGGUGGAGUACCAGUGCCUGGCUGGCUAUGUGCCCGUGAAAGGAAAUGGAACAUCAGUCUGCUCUGCCCAGGGUCAGUGGGAUGGUCCAGACCUGGAGUGUGAAGCUGUUGACUGUGGGUCACCCCCAUUGUUACAGAACACAAUGCGAUACCCACCAGAGAACACGACCUACGGCAGUACGGUGGAGUACCAGUGCCUGGCUGGCUAUGUGCCCGUGAAAGGAAAUGGAACAUCAGUCUGCUCUGCCCAGGGUCAGUGGGGUGGUCCAGACCUGGAGUGUGAAGCUGUUGACUGUGGGUCACCCCCAUGGUUACAGAACACAAUGCGAUACCCACCAGAGAACACGACCUACGGCAGUACGGUGGAGUACCAGUGCCUGGCUGGCUAUGUACCCGUGAAAGGAAAUGGAACAUCAGUCUGCUCUGCCCAGGGUCAGUGGGAUGGUCCAGACCUGGAGUGUGAAGCUGUUGACUGUGGGUCACCCCCAUGGUUACAGAACACAAUGCGAUACCCACCAGAGAACACGACCUACGGCAGUACGGUGGAGUACCAGUGCCUGGCUGGCUAUGUGCCCGUGAAAGGAAAUGGAACAUCAGUCUGCUCUGCCCAGGGUCAGUGGGAUGGUCCAGACCUGGAGUGUGAAGCUGUUGACUGUGGGUCACCCCCAUGGUUACAGAACACAAUGCGAUACCCACCAGAGAACACGACCUACGGCAGUACGGUGGAGUACCAGUGCCUGGCUGGCUAUGUACCCGUGAAAGGAAAUGGAACAUCAGUCUGCUCUGCCCAGGGUCAGUGGGAUGGUCCAGACCUGGAGUGUGAAGCUGUUGACUGCGGCUCACCCCCAAAGUUACAGAACACAGUGCGAUACCCACCAAAGAACACAACCUACGGCAGUACGGUGGAGUACCAGUGUCUGGCUGGCUAUGUGCCCGUGAAAGGAAAUGGAACAUCAGUCUGCUCUGCCCAGGGUCAGUGGGAUGGUCCAGACCUGGAGUGUGAAGCUGUUGACUGCAGGUCACCCCCAGAGCUACAGAACACAGUACGAUACCCACCAGAUAACACGACCUAUGGCAGUACGGUGGAGUACCAGUGUCUGGCUGGCUAUGUGCCCGUGAAAGGAGAUGGAACAUCAGUCUGCUCUGCCCAGGGUCAGUGGGAUGGUCCAGACCUGGAGUGUGAAGCGGUUGACUGUGGCUCACCGCCAGCAAUAGUAAACACACUGAGGAAUGUACCACAAAGCACAACCUAUGGAAGCGCGGCAGUGUACCAGUGUCGGGCUGGCUAUCGUCAUGUGGGGGGAAGCUCAACGCUCACCUGCUCUGCCCGGGGUUGGUGGGAAGGAUCAAACAUGGAGUGUGAAGUUGUUGACUGUGGCCCACCCCCAUCUUUAUUAAACACACUGCGAUAUCCACCGCAAGACACAAUACUUGGCAGUAAGGUGGAGUAUCAGUGUGCGGUCGGCUAUCUGCAUGUGAGAGGAACCACCAACUUAGACUGUUCUGCCCAGGGUCAGUGGGAAGGCCCAAUCCUGGAGUGUGAAGCUGUUGACUGUGGCUUGCCCCCAGCAUUACAGAACGCAGUGCUUAUCUCUCUUGAGAACACAACCUACGGCAGUACAGUGGUGUACCGGUGUGCAAUCGGCUAUGUGCAUGUGAGAGGAAACAACACAGCGACCUGCUCUGCCCAGGGUCAGUGGAAAGGACCACACCUGGAGUGUGAAGCCAUUGACUGUGGGCCACCGCCAGUGUUAGAGAGCACGUCACCACAUCCACUAAGAAACAUGACCUAUGGGAGUAUCGUGACAUACCGGUGUCUAGUUGGGCACGUGCAUGUAAAAGGAAACACCACGUCUCUCUGCUCUGCUCAAGGCCGGUGGGAAGGGGCAACUUUAGAAUGCAAAGCUGUUGAUUGUGGGACACCAGCACCAGUACCAAAUGCAUGGUCAUCACCUAUCAGACAGACAACAUACGGAGCUGAAAUUCAAUAUCGUUGUAAGACUGGUUUUGUAAGUGAAGGAGGAAAUGGCACAAUGAUCUGCUCGGAGAGGGGUCAGUGGGAAGGAGCGCAUUUCAAUUGUUCAGAGAUUGACUGUGGGUCUCCUCCAGUCGUACCACAUGCCAAACUAACCCAGUACCAGAGCACGAGACUGGGAAGUGUUGUUCACUAUCAAUGUAUGGAUGAAUUUUAUGCACUGUCUGGAACCAACGUGUCCAAGUGCAAACAAGAAGGUCAAUGGGAAGAAGUCAAACUGGUGUGUAAAGUUAAUGAUUUUAUUCUGUUUAAUGAAUCGUGCUUGACAUGGAAAAGGGAUGGAAUUGGAGCAAGAUCUGUGGACAAAUAUUUAUUUCAGAUACAAGGGGAGAGAGUCUAUCAAAGGGAAUUCUUUCACAGUGGCUCAUUUAUUCAUAGUACAGCAAAUGACUCCCCUGUAGUGUGUUUGAACUUGAGACCAGGCACCAACUAUACAGUGAAUAUCACAGCUCUUACAUCGCAACGUUCCGCAUCUAUGCAGCUAUCAACAGCAGUCAUUGACCCUCCAGUUCCAAAUGUACCAGUUGUGGUUGAGGAGCAGAUAUUGUCUCCACUUAUCCUUCGAAGAGUCGAAAGUAAGAACGGACCAAUUUGCCUUUAUCAGGUCAUUGUUUUGCCAUUGAGUUUGCAACACUCGUUCAAUUGCAAUUCACAGAACAUAAGAGAUUUCUUUGGCCACCAAAAAGACACGGAAGCAUACAUCACAGCAGAGUUCAUCGCAAUGGACGUUGAGGAUGGGAUGCAAUUUUCAGUCGGAAACCGGCUAUAUUACAGAGACUUUUAUAACGCUGCUUUAGAGACUGGCAAAAACUAUUCAUUUCAAUUGAAAAUUAUCAGUGAAUGGAAUCAUGUGAAGAGACAGUCGUGUGUGACUUUGGCACAAUUAAAAGGCACAUCAAACAACAUGCAGAUUGGGAUAUUUUUGGGAUUGGGUUCCUUGGGAAUGGUUGGAUUCCUUCUGUUUCUCUGCUAUUCUGUGGCAUGGUGCUUCAAGGAGAGAUAAUAGCAGAGGUGCUGAAAGUUACACGUUGGUAAGAAAGCUGAAAGCUGAGGGCAUUCUGAAGUCCCCUGGGGCAUUUGUGUCAUCCUAUGCGUGAUGUUUCUGCAUGAGAUCAGUAAUGCGAUAUCGUGUAAAACCUGUAAUGUAACUUUAUAGAUUACUUUGCAGAAUGCACCUUGGUGUACUCAUGCUUUCAAAGCCCCACUCCCAAAACUAGAUAACAUAAAGCUAACGUCAUGAAUGAUCCUGUGAAGUGAUAAGGGAGUGUCACAGCGUCAAAUGUACCAACGUUUGAGUACGUAUUUAAACUAAAUUCCCACCCACCCUCUAAGGUGGGGUCUACAGGAUUCCAAUGCACUGUUUUGAAGAAGAGACUGAUAAUUACUGUGGGAUACAAGACAUUAUUGACUUCUCACAAAAACUACUAGAGAAAUACAUUAACAGUUCAUUACCACAUUGUUGUGAGAGGCAAGUUGCAAUGUGCAACAUGGCUGCUGCUCAUCCCAGUAUUACACUGGAGACCACACUUCAAAGUACUUAAUUGGUUGUUAAGUGAUUUGGAACUCCCUAAGCUUGUGAAACGCGCAUUAGAAAUGAAUUUUACCUCCACCUCCUCAAUACUUGCAAAGUUAUAAAAAAUUAUAUCUGAAGAGCCUUCCGCCAGGAGAUACUAUCAGCUCACAUUAGCUUCUGUUCCUAUGAUUCUCUGCAGCACAUGGUUCAAUGUACAGCUUUAGAAUGGGAUGGAUGUUUUCUGGGUAAAUGUGGACAGGAAAUGUGGAGGGGAAAGGAAUCUCAGGCAUGUGUGAGAUGAUACCAGUAGGGAAUGUCUGGUGCAUGAAUAUCAGCAUAGUCCAAUUGGAUCAAAUAGCUAUUUCCUUGCUGUAAAUUUGAAGGAAUGGAAUUUCAUUGGAAAAGGCAUUGAAAAAAAUGUGGAAAAUUGUUCAUUUGGAUGUGCAGACUAGACAUUUUUUUUUCCUCCACAGAUAAAUAAAGGAAGAUUCAUUCCCACAUUGCCCGUUUGGUGAAUGAUACUAAAUAUACGGUUUUCAAUGAAUAAGAACAAAAUUGGUGCUAGGUUAAGGCGUCUUUGUACCUUGCUCAAGAUAAUAUUCAAAUAUUGGUAUUUUUUGGACAAGCUGCGAUUGUAAAACGCUUAUUUAUUUGUAUAUGAUAAACUGUUUCUAAAUAAAGUUAAAUUCAUUCCAGAGUCUUGAAUACAAAGUCUAGACUGAUAAUUCAGGGCAGAACUGAGAGAGCAUUGGAUCUGAAGAAGGGUCCUGAUCCAAAAUACCACCCACCCAUGUUCUCCAGAGAUGCUAACUGACCCUCUGUUUAACUCCAGCACUUUGUGUCCUUUUUUGUGAAACAGCAUCUACCGUUUCUUAUGUAUACAUUAUUGAAAGUGUUGGCUACUGGAUGAGAUCUUAAACUGAAUCUUUGACUGUCCUCCCAGGUGGUUCUUAAAGAGGCCACAUCAUUAUUUCAAAGAAUUUCAGGGAAGUUCUCAACUUCAAUCUCAAAGCAGAUAAUCAAGUUAUUGCUUGUGCAAGCUUCCUACUUUGCAUCAGUGGCUACACUUCAAGAAGUAUUAAACUGGUAAUAUAAUGCUUUGUACGAGGCUUUUAGAAAUGGAAGUCUUUGCUUACUGAAUCACACCAUCGUAGUUUGCCCAUCUGUAAGGAUUUUGAAUCCCAAAAUAGCUUGUAACUGCUCCAUUACCACUUGGAGUGGACUUGAAAUUUAAUUGUCUUGCUCUGUGUAUGGCUGACUCUUUAGGUUUAAGGUAGUCGUGAGGUAAAGAUUACCUCUAUUUGAACCUUUCUCCUACCUGACCACAAGCAUUUGGUUGGGCACCAGGAUUGUCAUUCUCCACUCCUUCAUGUGCAGCCUUGAAAUAGGUCAGGUGAUUGGUGUGAGCAUGUCCUGCCCCUUACCCUACUCCCCAAUAUAUCUGAAUCCUGUCUGAAAAGAGGCUAUCUCCAGCACCAUUCCUUCACUCGCUUCUCACAGAGUUCCAGAAAUUUCAGACGAACUGAGAACAUUCUGUUCUUUGUAUUCAAGUGGCCAAAAUAAAGUUAUUUCAGCUAGAUCUCUGCUAACACCCUAUACGUGACCCUCUGGAGAAAAAAAAACUUCACUUACUUCAGUCAUAAAUGGAUGGCCCCAUAUUUUCAGACAGUAAGCCUGAGUUCUGGAUUCUCCCACAUGAUCGAAACAUAGAAACAUAGAAAAUAGAUGCAGG